GAGCGAGUCAGUUGAGUGUCGGCCAUGGUCGUGUGAGGUGGACUGAUCGUACUACUACCGUAUUCCCCAGAACUUGUCAUAACCGGUUGGUCUAGGAGAGAUCAACUGGUUAUAGUGGAAAGAGAUUUCUACAAUGGUUGACACUGAGAACCCCGGUGUGUGUGUUUGUCGGUCUCUCGUCUUGACACCGUAGAAAUAUUUUAGUGGUACUGUUUUUAUUAUGGUUGGCGUCCGUGAUAUGUAUAGUGUGAGUGUGGUGACCAUGUUGUGUACGACUUGAGACGCUAGUGGACAUGUGGAUGGUUGGUGGCGCUAUGGGCGUGAUAGGGGGCGUGGUAGCCGGAGGAGGAGGGAGAGCAGGAAGAAGAGGAAGAGGAGGAGGAGGAGGAGGAGGAGGUGCUGGGGACAUAGGAACAAGACGACUACUUCUCCUGGUCUUCAUUCUUUUGUCCUCCUGCUGCGGCCUGGCCGUAGGGAGCGAUGGAAGCGAGAUCUCAUCAGCCAACUUCCGGGCUCGAGAGAAACAAAUUAUCGAUGAGAUCAUUGGUCCGGCGAACUAUGACAAGCGUAUCCGGCCAGCCGGCGCCAACGACACCGGUCCGGCCAUCGUUCACAUCAACAUUAUGAUCCGCAACGUGCAGACCAUCUCUGACGUCAAGAUGGAAUACAGUAUACAGAUUACCUUCAGAGAGCAGUGGGUCGACCAUCGUCUGACCUUUGAUGAUAUGGGAGGUCGUAUACAGUACCUGACGCUCACUGAGACAGAUAUGGUGUGGAUGCCUGACUUGUUCUUCAAGAAUGAGAAAGAAGGUCACUUUCACAAGAUCAUUCUACCCAACUUGUACAUCCGUAUCUACCCAAACGGUGGCGUCCUCUACAGUAUCAGAAUCUCGCUGACGCUGUCUUGCCCGAUGAACUUGAAGCUGUUCCCGCUAGACCGUCAGCAGUGUCAGCUCCUCAUGGCUUCCUACGGAUGGACGACGGAAGAUUUAGUGUUUCUGUGGAAGGACGUUGACCCCGUCCAGGUGACCAAGAACCUUCACCUGCCACGCUUCACCCUCGAGAAGUUCAUUACUGAUUACUGCAACAGCAAGACCAACACAGGUGAAUACUCGUGCCUGAUGGUGGCGCUGAUCUUCAGGAGAGAGUUCUCGUACUACCUCAUCCAGUACUACGUACCCUGCUGCAUGUUGGUGAUCGUGUCUUGGGUGUCCUUCUGGCUCGACCAGCACUCCGCGCCGGCCAGGGUGGCUCUGGGAGUCACCACGCUUCUCACCAUGUCCACGCAGAGGUCCUCCAUCAACCAGUCGCUGCCUCCUGUGUCCUACACCAAGGCCAUCGACGUGUGGACCGGUGUGUGUCUCACCUUCGUCUUCGGGGCGCUGUUGGAGUUCGCGCUCGUCAACUACGCCUCGCGGUCUGAUAAACACCGCGAAAAGAUGAAGGAGAAACUAGAGGAGCAGAAAAAGCAGUGGGAGGCGGACCACGCUGCUGCUCUGCAAAUUGCCAUGCAGGAACAGACGGAGGACGGCCACACCUUCGCCAUGCCGGCCUCACCGCCUCGGCCUCGUCGCUUCAUGGAUCUACUUAUCGCUAAGACGAGGCCGCUGGUGUCGCGAAAUGGAGGCAUGGGGGCAGAGAACGUCACCUGCGAGAUACACCUCCAGGCGCCGCGUCAGAACUGCUGCAGGACGUGGCUCUCUAAGUUCCCUACACGUAGUAAGCGGAUCGACGUUAUCUCCCGCAUCACCUUCCCCCUCGUCUUCGCCUUCUUCAAUAUGAUCUACUGGAGCACCUAUCUCUUCACCGAGGAGGAUGACGACAACGGCAAAUAAACGAAAGGGUAAAUAAAACAAAAUAACUGCACAUCUUGAAUUACGUGAACCAUUAGCGUGUCUCUCUGACUCGAACUCUGCCCCAGGAUCUAGAGGACUACCUGAGGGUUAUAGAUCCUGAAGACUUAGAGAAGUGACGCAUUGGACCCCAAGGACAGUUUACGAGAGACAUAAGUGUUAGUUAGGAGUAGCAGAACACGACAAUCAAUAAUAAUGUUGAUAGUUCUGGACCUUGGUGGAAAGGUAGUUGUAAAAAAAGUUGUAAAAGUUGUAAAAAACUUCUUGGAAAACUGGAAUAUAAAUAAGUGGAAAUUUGAAAGACUGGAAUUAUAGGCUAGAUUGGAACUAUGCUUGACUGGAAACAACAAUCACAAAAAUUCUCUUUGAUUGGAAACUGUAAUCACUGAAACUAAUCCUGAUUGGAAGAAAAAAGUUUUGAUGAUUGAAACUAAUUGUUGACAUAAACUUAACAUUAAUUCUGAUAGAGCCAUAACUGGUUAAAAAAGAAGACUAGGAUUUUCUGAAGUUAUGGACGACGUACAGGAUACAAAGGCAGUUUAAUGACCAGAAACUAAGACACCAAGGAACCAAUGAUGUUUGAAACCAUACAUUGGUAAUGGUUUGGGGGGUUGGGUUAGUGCCAAGAGAGAGAGAGUAUAGGGAUCUGCUUCAAAGGUUUCACUGAUCUUUUUUAUCCAGAAUGAAUGAAAAGGAAAGAAAAUAGAAAGGCAUCUCGUUCAUUGCUCAACAAAAAGUAACUUCGUCUGGUCCUGUUCCUCUUCCUUCAUGAUAUAACAGAAAACGGGAGAACACAAAGACUUACUGAACGAAAAUAUUUGGGACAAUUUUAAAUACAAAAAUAAUGAAUGUGUAGUGGCAGAAAUAUAAACAAUGAAGGCUUACCAGGAAAUAAUGAACGUGUUUAUGAAGAAAAAAAAAGGCUUUGUAGUUUGUUAACCAUACGAGAAAGACACACUGUGCAUACAUACAUACAUUCACUUUAAGUAUAUCUCAUGAUGAUGGCAAUACUCAAUAUAUUCACUGUGAUAUAUACAAACAAACUUAGCAGUGGGAUUCGUGCGAGCUUCAGAUGAUAAUGAAAUAGAUUAGUUAUGUUAAAUAAAAAUGUAUAUUGACUUUGUAUGUUAAGGUGUAACCAGAAUGUGUUUUUUUUUUUGCUUUUGUUAAUGUUCUAUAUAAUAGGUCAUUAACCCCCCCCUCUCCCAAAUAGUCUCAAAUCACCUUCCCUCCUUAACUGGCUUAUUAGUAGACCUCCCUGCAACCUACCUCAGUCCUAUAUAAUAUUUUCAUUGACCCACAAACAUAACAAAAACUUUCCAAAACACCAACAAAAACAAAAGAACCUUGUUGUUUUACGUAUUAUUUUGGUACUAAAACAAAAACAAAACCAA